UUGUACAAGGUCUUUUCCAUAGCAUUGGCACACUGUUCUGGACCUUCUUGCUUGUGAUGCUCCUGAUGUACAUCGCUGCUGUGACGGGCAUGGAGUUGAUCAAAGUUGACCAGGAAUUGCCAGUGGACCACCCGUACAAUGCAGCUGCAUCGCUCUGUUUCCGCGACACGAUGGAUGCGAUUCUCACAUUGCUUCAGGUUUUUAGCUUUGAUAGCAUCGGUGGCAUCUACCGACCAUUAGUCAAGCAGAAUGUCUUUUGUUUUGUCUACUUUGUUUUAGCCAUGUUGAUCUUGUCAAUUGCCUUGAUGAAUCUCGUGACCGCUGUGAUGGUGAAUUCCUCGCUGGACCAGGCCAGCCAAGAUAAAGAAGCGAAGAAAGCCUGGGAAGCUGCUCGCAAGGCCAAGCAGAUGGAGAGCUUGAAAAAAAUGUU